UGGAUCGAGCAGAUCUCCUGGGAGCCCCGCGCGUUCGUCUACCACAACUUUCUCACCCCGGAGGAGUGCGCGCAUCUCGUCAACCUCGCCAAGGCGACGGAUGGAGGAUUGAAGCGCGCCACCGUCGCGGACGCGCGCACGGGCGGGACGUUUCCCGGAUCCGGCGCGUUCCUUCUCCGCAACCACGAUCCCAUCGUCACGCGCAUCGAGGAGCGAAUAUCCGCGUUCGCCAUGAUCCCGGCGGACCACGGCGAGGGCAUGCGAAUCCUCCGCUACGGCCGCGGGGAAAAAUACGACCCGCACCACGACUACUUCGACGACGGCGACAAAAACCUGAGAUUCUACGGCCAGCGCGUCGCGACGGUGCUCAUGUACCUCAGCGACGUGGAGAGCGGGGGCGAGACGGUGUUUCCCAAGCACGGCGCGUGGAUAGAACCGGACGAGAUGGACGUUCGCGGUCGAUCGUCGUCGAAAGAUUCGAGCAAAUGCGCCAAGGGCGCGUUGCACGUGAAGCCCAGGCGCGGCGACGCCCUGCUGUUCCACAACUGCCACCUGAACGGCCGGGAGGACCCGACGAGUCUGCACGCCGGGUGUCCGGUGUUGCGCGGGGAGAAGUGGACGGCGACGAAGUGGAUGCGCGCCGGU